AUGGCCAGGACUCCGUCCCAUGACUUCGGAGGUGGUUACCAGCAGACUCUGCCUGCUGAACACAUUGGGGAAACCCCCUUGCGUGAAGUUCGGGAGAUCAUCCAUCUGCCUGAGUAUGACAAUGACAAGAGCCGCUUGGAUUUGGACCCAGAGAUUAUUGAGGUACCACCAGGGGUUGUUCAACAGUUACACAAUCUGGUGAGCAUCAUUGCCAGCCUCUACCAAGAUAACCCUUUCCACUCCUUCCAGCAUGCAAGCCACGUGGUCAUGUCUGUCACAAAGCUCAUGUCAAGAAUUGUUGCCCCAAGCUCUGCUGACGAGAACAACACAAAGCGUGUAUCCAAUGCUCAACUGGUUAAAGAAGGACUUCCCAUCGCGUUCAAAUAUGGGCAGCGUAGUGUUGCAGAACAGAACUCCUUGGAUCUCUCAUGGGAUUUGCUGAUGAAACCAGAACACGCACAGCUACGCACUUGUCUCUUUGAAAAGGAGGAGGAUCUUGUCCGUUUCCGACAGCUCGUAGUGAAUUCGGUCAUGGCUACUGACAUUGUUGACAAGGAUUUGAAGGCCCUGAGGAACGGCCGUUGGGAGAAAGCUUUCAAGAAUGGUUCUGUUGAAAAGGCUCUGGGUCAGGACCUUGAGAGCCCCAGGGACUCUGUCAAUCGGAAGGCAACCAUUGUGAUUGAGCACAUCAUUCAGGCUUCCGACAUCUCGCACACAAUGCAGCAUUGGCAUGUCUACCGAAAAUGGAACCAGAACUUGUUUGAAGAGCUCUAUGCUGCCUACUUGAAUGGCCGCAUGGAGAAGGAUCCUGUCGAGUUCUGGUACAAGGGUGAAUUUGGCUUCUUUGACUUCUACAUCAUCCCACUCACCCAGAAGCUCAAGGAUUGUGGAGUUUUUGGCAUCUCCAGUGAUGAACUUCUUCAUCAUGCCAAGAAGAACAGAGCUGAGUGGGAGAGGCAGGGCGAACACGCUGUUGCGGAGAUGGUUGCGGAAUCCCGCCGAAAGUAUGGAGUCAAGAGCGCGGAUCCUAUCGAGGUUCCCAACCCCAUUGAAUGCUAG